CCAACCAAGCCACAAGUCUCAUCAGUAGUCCGUAUCAAGGUCGUACCUCCAAAUUCCAGAAACCAAAAAAAUAUACUUUUCUGUUCUUUCGUCUCCCAGGGUGUAAGACGAGAGCCUGAAAGAACACCAUGAAAGAAGGGCAGCCAGUGGGAGUACUGUCCUUUCGUGACCUUGCAGCAGUUCCAUUUGAAGCACCUCCGGACGAGCUACGUUGUGCGAGAAGUGGUGGAGGUGGGUGGCGUUGUAACCGCUGGCGUGUCCACGCUCAAAGAUACUGUGAAUUUCAUUUCCUCCAUGAAAAACACCGGAGAAAUAACCACAGGAGUGUGAGACCAAAACCCGUAGAAACCCUUCCUUUGAGUCAUCACAAGGAGAAUAAUGGUGAUCGGUAUUCUUGUUGUUCUUCUGCUGUGCUUACAAGGUCCAGGAGGAAGAGAGACCACAGCCAACAACAAGAAAAAGAAGAAGAAAUGGGUGUUUCUAUUCCAGACGAGGGAGAUGGAAAUGAUAGAGAAGUUGAGCCUUGUUCACGAAGGGCUAGGAGUGCCAAGAUGGCUACGCUGAAACAAGAGAGUGGCCCCUCUGGGAAGAAAGACGGAAAUGGUGGCAAAAUUGAGUGUUCUUCAAGGAAGAAGCGGACUCCCAAUGUGUCAGCUGAAAAGGAAGUUGAGGUAAUUCAUGAAAAUUUCCCCAAUCACAAGGGUAAGGAAGAGAAGGAAGGUUAUUGCCAUCAGUGCCAUAGGUUCAAAAGCAGAGUGAUGACCUGCGGCAAGUGUCAACGUAAACGCUACUGUGAUUCAUGCAUAAAAAAAUGGUAUCCACAAUUUUCAGAGGAAGCAAUAGCAGAGUCAUGCCCGUUUUGCCGUAAAAAUUGCAAUUGCAGACAAUGUCUGCAAUCGAACAAACUUAUGGAGGAUGUCAAAAACUCUGGAAUGCCAUCGAAUAAAGAGGAAAAAAUAAACCACUUGAAUUAUCUUAUAUCCUUGCUGUAUCCUUUCCUGAAACAAUUUUAUGAGGAGCAAAAGAAGGAAAUAGUGCUUGAAGCCAAGAUCAAAGGAUUACAGCCAUCAGAGAUAGAAGUGCUACAGGCUGUUUGUGAUGAUUAUGAACGUUUGUAUUGCAAUAAUUGCAAAACUUCUAUAGUUGAUCUCCAUAGAGUUUGCCCAAAAUGUUCAUACGAGCUUUGCCUUACUUGUUGCUGGGAAAUUCGGGAUAAAUGCUUGAGGGGUGGAGAUAAAAUGGUCCAAAGAUAUUUUGAUAGAGGGAAAGCCUAUUUACAUGGAGGGGAAGCUCUACCUUUACCAUUAGAUAAGAAAAAGAACAAGACAAGUUCUAGGAAACUCAUCAAGCUACUAUCUAAGUGGCAAGCGAAGGGAAACGGUGACAUCCCCUGUCCAAUUGAAAGAUUGGGUGGUUGUGGACAUGAGUGCUUGGAGUUGAAAUGCGUGUUCCCAGUCAGUCGGGUUUCAAUGUUGAUAAUGAAAGCUAAAAGAUUAGUUAAAUUCCAUAAACUUGAGGAUACACUUGGAACCUUGAGAGGAAAUUUUUCUUGUCUGAAAUUUGAUAAUGAGAUUGGCUCUGUGAAUGAUGCAUUACGGUUAUCAGCAUCUCGGAAAGACUGUAGUGAUAACUACUUGUAUAGUCCGUCAGCCAAGGAUAUACAACAGGGGGAUCUAGAGCAAUUUCGGUGGCAUUGGAUUAAGGGAGAGCCAGUGAUUGUUAGAAAUGUUCUUGAAUUAACCUCUGGCUUAAGUUGGGAGCCAAUGGUAAUGUGGCGUGCAAUAUGUGAUGUAUCAAAAAAAGAUUCCUCAAACUUUAAUGUGAGAGCAAUUGAUUGUCUUGACUUUUGUGAGGUUGAACUGAAUAUUCAUAAGUUUUUCAUGGGGUAUUUAAAGGGCUUUUCACAUAGUAACUCUUGGCCUAAGUUGCUGCAACUAAAAGAUUGGCCUCCAUCUAAUUUCUUUGAAGAGCUCUUACCACGCCAUUGUGCAGAACUUGUCAGUGCCUUGCCAUUUUUGGAAUACACAAAUCCUUACUCUGGCAUCCUCAAUGUUGCAGCAAAGUUGCCUGCAAACUGCUUGAAGCCUGAUCUUGGUCCAAAAACAUAUAUAGCUUAUGGAUUUGUUGACGAGCUUGGACGUGGAGACUCAGUGACCAAGCUUCACUAUGACAUGUCAGAUGCGGUGAAUGUUUUGAUGCACACAGCAGAUGUUACUCUUACCUCUGAGCAGCAUGCUGAUAUAGAAAUGUUGAAAAAGAGGCAUGUGGGCCAAGAUCAAAUAGAGCUACAUGGCACCGAUGAGGAUUCUUGUUUGCCACCGAAAGAGCAAGUAGAUGUCAAUUUUUUGCUGAAAGCUGUGGAGCCUCUAAAGAGGAAAAGUAAAACUAGCACGAAGGAAGUGAAAUCAUGUCAAAGCUCACACUCAAAGUCCAAAUUGCUGAUGAAAACUUCUAAGUUAAAAAAUGAUGAGGAAUCUAAAUUGGAGAAAAAAAGCAACAGGAGAAAUGAUGAGGCUCAUACCAUUGAUACUUCAUUUUCAAAUAUCCAUUCUCUUAAUGGCACUGAAAAAGAUUCUUGUUUGCCAUUGAAAGAGCAAGUUGAUGUAGAUGUCAUGGUUGAAGCUGUGAAGGCUCCAAAGAGGAAGAGUGAAACUAGAAAGAAGAAAGUGAAAUCUUGUCGAAGUUCAUUGUCAGAGUCUAAACUAUUUCAAAAUGAAGAGGAAUCUAAAUUGGAUGAACGUGAUGGGAGAAUGGAUGAGGCUCAUUCUGAUGAAUCUAUAGUGGCUUGUUCAACAAAUAAAGCUUGUCAGCAAGGUUCUGUAGGUGGUGCUUCUCAAUAUGUUCGUGAUGCAAUGGAAGCAUCUGGAGGUGGGGCUGUUUGGGAUAUUUUUCGUAGGCAAGAUGUACCCAAACUUGAGGAAUACCUUAGGAAGCACCAUAGAGAAUUCAGGCAUGUUUAUGGCUCUCCAGUGGAUCAGGUUGUGCAUCCGAUUCAUGAUCAGACUUUCUACCUGACCAUGCAUCAUAAGAGAAAGCUCAAGGAGGAGUUUGGAGUUGAGCCUUGGACCAUUGUGCAGAAACUUGGAGAGGCAAUAUUUAUACCUGCUGGUUGUCCUCAUCAAGUGAGAAAUCUCAAGUCAUGCAUAAAAGUUGCUCUUGACUUUGUGUCUCCUGAAAACAUUCAUGAAUGCAUCCGUUUAACUGAGGAGUUUCGGGUUCUACCACACAACCAUAGGGCUAAAGAGGAUAAAUUAGAGGUGAAGAAAAUGAUGCUUCAUGCUUUGAACUAUGCCGUGGAGGAAUUGGAGAAGCUCACAGCAUGAGUCUCUUAAUCCCCACCCUUUUCAACUUAUUGUUGAUAUAUCUAUUUAGGGCACUGCUAUGCUUGUUUAGUUCUUUAUUCUAGAAUCCUGCUGGACAGAAACAAUGGCAGGCGCUAUAAUUAUUCAAACAAACUCUAAGGGCAUUUAGUAGUAACUUUUGUUCUUUUUGUUGAAGGUAUGAAGGUUGUUAUUGUUUUUGGUGAGGGCCUCAUCGUUUUGUGCAAACUCUUCCUUGUGAUGGAAAUUGAAGUGCAAAUUAAAUCAACUUUGAUUGUUGUUUC